GCGAGGUGUUGCGGGCAGCACAUCCUUCAGUGCUCAUGGGCAUACUCGGUGUCUCAGAAUUAUUACUAGUAAUUUGUAAACAAACAUAUAGUUCAAGUGUUUAAUUCUAUUUAUUCUUUAACAAAGAGUGAUUAUAUACUUUCUGGAUGUUUUCUUUGUGGAUUUUGUUAAUAACUUGUGAAUAAAAACGGUUAACGUAUAACCAAGUAAUAUUUAGUGUGUGUGUGUAUGAUUCACAUUAUGGAUUUCACCAUUUUGGAAUGGAUGUAUCCUCUAAGUUAAAGGAGCAGGACGCAAACCAUGUCGACACAGACGGACAGCCGUAUCAUGAUAUGCUGUGUCGAUGAUGACGCCUCCCACAGUAGCGCCGGGUAGCGUCGUUGUGAUGAGGCGUCACGGCACUUCUCAUGACGCCACCCCAAACUCCUUCUAUGUGCCCAGCCCUCUACAGCAGAAGAACUCGAUGAGUUCGCAUCACGAGAACAAUGGGGGAAACAGUAAAUGUAAGAAGAGUUGGGGAGACCGUCUCAGACUGGGUAAGAGCGAGAAGAGUCUGGAACAGCAGCCCCCUGACACCCCCACUUCUGACCUGCUUCAGGAGUACCGCAACAAGUACGGGUCCCUCUCCUCGGGCAGUGCCCUCUCUAGAUCAAUGAAGUACGCAGAAACUUGGCUUUACGGGUCCGUCGCAGUCCGCUCACCCUCCAACGGCCCCACUCCUCGCCCCAGUCUCUUCCUGUGUCAUCCCCCGCCUAAUGUAGCAGUCAUCCCUGGGGCACAAGGCGUCGUCAUGCCCCCUGGGACAAAUUAUGCGGUAGUGAUGUGCUCCUGUCCAGAGUUCCUGACGGGAACUGCCAGAAGCAAGAAGAGUUCCUCGGUAGUGUGCAGGAAGUGCGGUGGUUCCAGGAUGUUGUGGAAAGUCAGCAAUGGCGGAGGGACUGUUAGAGCAUCUGGAGGCACUCUUAUGAAAUCAGGGGGUACUGUAAGAGGACUUGGCGGCACCUUAAGGCUGGGGGGUGGGAGCAGUGGACAGAACCGCAUCAGACCUGCAUUAUUAAACCUCACACCAGUUCCUCAAUCAACACAGAAACCUCAGUCUGCUCCACAAAAAUUGAAAGCGAUCACGCCUGACCCUUAUGACCUCAUGAGAAGGAACCGUCUAGGAGGUGUGAACUCUAACGAGGACUCCUUGCAUUUCGGCCCACUGGAACCUUCACGGAUCAGAGCUAAAAGCACGUCUCCGUCCCGAAGGAAUUCCCGUCGGAGUCCAUCCCCCACGCUGACCAGGAGUGCAUUAGAGCAUGCGCGUUCUGAGAUCAGCACACUCAGCACUCAGAGAGGUCUGUCAUGGGAAAGUGAGCGUGCGAAUUGGAACGCUGUCGUAGAACCAUCAGACAGCGUCAAACGGAAGUCAAUACUGGAGUGUGAUGUGAACGCGUAUGAACUGAUAGCGAAAUAUUUAAAAAAUGGGAAUAAAUGUGAAGCAAACGGUGAUACAAACAGCGCGGUGGUCCCUGAGUGCGGCAGAUCAGAUCGUGUUUCAAGUGAUGAUGAUGUACUGGACGAUGAACUAAGCGAUGAUCUAAGUGACAAUGCUCUUGAAAAUUCUCCUGUCGGGAUAAGUGAUAUUACAGGACCACGUACCCGAAAACCCCCUGUACAAAACACAGUUUCUUUUAGUUCCAAGACUGAUGUUAAUAGCAGACACAAAGAUUCAAACAAUGCGAAACAACAGACAUCUGCUAGGAUAUCGCGUGUCGAAACACGGCAGAACAAAUCCAUUUCGACGCCAUCGAUGCCCAUAGGCGUGACUUUGGGAGGUCAGAGAAUUAGAAUAUUCAACGAAACUCGACCUUCAGCAUCAUCUGAAGAAGAUAACAUUAACAGUGAAGCAAGUACUGUCCAUAACAGCGAGAAUAACGAAUUCGAUACUGGGACCUCCCGACAGCAGGUCUCCAGGAAUUCCGCUAUAACAUCGUCACUUAUUCCUCGUCUUACUUCACCACGACGACCGCCAAGAAAAACGAAGAACUCGUCAGAGCGUUCAAGUGACUGCAGCCGAAACGUCGAUGUGUUGAUACAAGAAGCGGAAGAGGAGGAAGAAAACGAGAGUGCUGGUGUUGUCAACAACACGGAGACUACUGAAACCAGUCCAUUGCAGCUAAAGGAUGGAAGAUUCUCAACGGGAACGGAGGGGGGCUGCAUAAUUAAGUCGAUUCUAAAGAAGCCUUCUUGUUCUUUGCCUGGAGAGAUUUCAACUAGUCCGAGGACUUUCAGUGACACCGUUUCCAAACCGGACUACACAGUAUGUACUGCCGCUGUGAAUUCUGCACCGUCAGGCCAACAACACUCACCUUCACCUGUAGAUCCUAGCCCAGGUUCAACUGACUUUUACUUGCCUACGUUUCAAGAGUACAAGCAGACGCACAGAAAGAAGAAACAGGUGCAGUUUAAAGUUGUCAACGACGUCACUGUGUUGAAACCAACAGAAGAAGAUGGUAAAUUAGAUGGGCAUGUCACAACCACAGGUACCACGACCUCUGUCACGAAUCCUCUUACCACUGCUACAGUGAUCACAACUUAUGCCUCACAAGUUACAGAAGGCAAGGCCGACGUAAACGAAACAGACAACAGAUUAUUAUCAGUUAGAACAGAUGAAUGGACACGAAGUGAUAAACAAGAGACAGAAACUGAGAAACAAGAAAGGAGGAAUGAAGACACGUUUGUAAAACACGAAGAGAAUCAGUUGAAUUUCCAGAAAGAAGAAGCCGCAAUUUCUUCUGAUGUCAGAGAAAAGUAUAAGGCCCCAAUUUGUGAUCAGGAUGAGCUCAAAAGUCUCGUUACUGAUAAUGUGAAGCCCGGUGUCGCGGAGGAGAAGGAAGAUAUUUUUAGUGAUGAAAGUGUCAAUUUACAGUAUUUUGGUGUAGGUGAUGUUGAAGUGGUGACUAGUGCGCAUGUGUCAAGUGGUAAGACUGCAUCGCGAAGUGGUGCAGAAAGGGACAAGGAUGCUGCUCAUGAUCGCAGUUCACCUGAUGUUAGGCCUGCUGUUUUGGGUGCAAACAGUGGCAGCACUGAAACUACAUCUGUGGAGGACGUGCUGAAGGAGCAUUCCCUCCGGGGUGGCGCGACCACAGUGAGCCUCCGACGCUGCCAGAGCGAACGUCUGUUGCCCACAAACAGUGACGACCUCGAGCGACAGAAGCCACAGCUGCAAGCGGCUGGAGCUGCGGUUCUGUUUAAUGACACUAUGAGGCUUCGUCUGCAGACGGCACGUCCUGAUAUACGACAGGUGUUCAGCGACCCUGGAGUUCCAGCCACUUGCACAAGCAACGGGACUCUGAUAGAAACACCUAAACGGCCACAGCGUAUGCUAAGUCCUGGAAGACCACGUCCCAAAGAACCUCCGCCACCUCCUCCACCCCCAUCAUCAAACUUUCCUCAAGAAAACACAGAGCAAGCCCUUCCAGAACUUCCACCGAGGCAAAUCUUCCCUUUCACUAAGAAACAAAUAGAGCAAAUGAAUCAACAAGCUCGUAAGUUCUCAAUUAAAUCUAAUUCCAAACAGAAAAUUACAUCAUCUUCUGUUCCAAAAGUGAACAAAUCAUUGUUUGAUUCAGAAGCAUUAGAAUCAUCAAAUAUUCUGCCAGUUUCAUGGUCACCAUUGGCGACUUCAACCUCUCAGUCCAUUUGUGAGACUGCUGAUAAAGCUAUGAAGAAAAAGGAACAUCGACACAGCGACCCUGGCCCAGUUGUACCGAAACUUGUGGUACACAUUGAGAAUUCUUCAGAAGGGCAGCGUGAGGAACGACGAUUACAGUCAGAUAUAAUACUAGAAACCACAUCGUGCAAUUUGCAGGGGGAACCAAAGCAGGAUACAGUAAAUUCUCUAGUGAAAAUCACGUCAAAAAGAGUGGAUCAGACUGAUGAUAAAGUAUGUACAAUUGUCACUGUAUCAGCCCCAGGAUCUCCAAUGGCAGACGUGCAUCGCUUGCAGAUAAAAGGAGACUAUGCUGCCACAGAUGUGAGCCCAGGACCUCGAAGGCGGACUUCCAUUCUCAUCAACAGUGAAGACUCCUCCAGAGAUAUUAAACAUGUUGGAUUUAACAACAGUGGGAAUUCUUCUGUCACAUCCCUUAUGGUCCAAGAUGACAUCAGCACAUCUCCAGUUAAGAAAGAUAAUAGUAACAAAGUGACCAUUAGUGUUGGUGGUGUUUCAGGUGGUUUGCUGUCCGAAGUAAAGCACCAAAAUACUGGCAAUACAAAUUUAAGUUCCUCGUGUACAGUUAUUGGUACUUCUUGUUCAACAUUGAACUCAAACAUGUACAACAAUAAUAUUAGUUCCUCUACAUUGCUUUCAUCAGAUCAAGUUAAUGUCAUCCCUGUGACCCCUGAGAAACAUGUUGAAAGAACAUUGUUGGUAGUGGAUCACCAUGACAACAGUGAGAGAAGUAGUAAUACUGUAUUACAUUCCAGAAAUGGUGAUAUUCCUCUUUCAGUGAACAAUGACAAUGAUAACAGGGUUGUUAACAGUGCAAUAACAAUUAUUGAGAGUGUUGAAGAGAAUGUUCAGAAUUCAUCCUCAAAUGUUAUUUUGCUACCCAGAUUGAGAGGAAUAGACCCCUCUUCAACAUCUGCCGUUGUCAAUGAUGAAGAUAUUUUCUUGAAUCCAGUUGAAGCUGUUAAAAGAAAUCUCGUACCACACAUAUGUGGAAAGAAGGACUUGGCAACAGGAGAUGAAACUACUAAUAUGUCCUCAUCUCCAACAGAUAGACUCAACAAGUUAACAGAAUUACAAAACGAUGCAGUAGAUACUGAACAAGAGACGUUAAAAGAAGGAGAUUACUUCAUGGCCGAUGUAGUAUCAAAGUUAAUGGAUCUGAACACCAGUGAGCAAAACCCGGUACAUUCAAAUAUAUCAGCUAUAGUUUCAAAGAGCUCAGAAGACACAUUGCCAACAGUUAUAGAACAGGAAGAAGAAGGUGAUGAUGAUGUUUUCCAGGCAUGUUUAUUAACAGAGACAGAAGAACGCCGGAAAUGUGUUAAUAGUUUGGAUAAGGAACACUGUAAAAUGGCAGAUAAAAGUCUCUCUGGUGACUCUAGUGGUUUGAACACAGCUCCUAUUUCUGUUGAAGCAGAGAAUGAAGGAAUUGCAAAUAAAGAAGAAGAUACUGGUAUCACCUCUACUUCUCGGUUAUCUCUUUCUCUGAAAGAGUCUGAUCCGAAUGUAAUGGAGAAAGAUGAUCAACGAAGUGAAGUAGAGAUAGGAGACAAGAGAGGAUCCAGCAGUGAACCAAACAAUGAAACUGAUGAUGAAAAUAUUUAUGAGAGCAUCAAAGAUCCAAUAUAUGAGGAAAUUCCCGAUACACCUCCUCCAUUACCUUUAUCACCACCUCCAUCACUUGAUGAUCUUGAGGAACUCAAGAGAGGUUCAAGGUCCAUCUUUGAAGGUGCCUCCAAAUAUGAUAUUCUGAGCUACCUCGUAGGUGCAAAGGAACGUGGAAUAGUUCCAGAAGAAACUUAUUACAGUGGAAGCGCUAAUGGAGAUGAGGUUAUAGAGAUAAUUGGCGUGAAGCCAAUUCAGGAUGAGGAUGAAGGAAGGCAGUCUCAUCAGAGAAUGACAUCACUGGACCUUGGUGAUCUGAGCAGCAGGGUGAGCCAUUUGAGCAAUGCUAGUGACUCUAGUGAGGAUAGCUGUAACCUCAUAAUCUCCAGCAUUGGGGAAGAUGCAUCAUCUCCAAACAAGGUGCGGAAGAGUUCAGCUGAAAUUGAAAGAAAUGAUUCAGGAGUGGGUUCAGAAACAAGCAAAUCCAGCCGCAGUAGAUGGCAGCACUGUGGACCUGCUAGUAGCAUCCGGGAAGACCAGCAACAUCUCUGUGAAGAUUGUGACCAGCCAGUUGAGACACAGGUUACUGACAGUGGUGUGAUGUUUGCUCCUCUGGUGUGCCGCAAGUGUGGAAAGAAGCGAGCUGAAAGAAAGGAAAUAAUCAUAGAGAUUGUCGAAACAGAGGAGAAAUAUGGUCGGGACCUCCAUAUUAUCAUGGAUGAGUUCUAUAGACCAAUGCUUGUGGCAGGCCUGCUAACACCUGACCAGCUAAAUGCCAUCUUCCUGAACGUUGAGGAACUUCUUGAACACAAUGCUGCCUUGGCAGAGAAGCUCCGCGAUAAUAUGGAGAUUGCCCUGGAGCAGGGAGAUGAAGAUUUGUUGACAGUCAACAUUGGGAAACUGUUUCUGGAGGCGUCUCCCAUGCUUCAUGCCUUUGAGUCCUAUUGCAUACGACAGGGUGCAGCUUCUCUGCUGCUUGCAAACCUGGAGAAAGAAAAGGAGCUGCUACGAAUAUUCCUCAGGGUGUCACAGAUGGAAAAUGCUGUCCUCAGACGUAUGAAUCUCAACUCCUUCCUCAUGGUACCAGUACAGAGAGUGACCAAGUAUCCACUCCUGUUGGCACGGUUGCACAAAGUGACUCCAGCUCACCACGAGAGUCGGGAAAUUCUCCGUCAGUCACAGCAUAAGAUUGAGCUACAUCUGGAGCAUAUGAACUCGGAGGCAAAAGAUAUCAGUACAACCAGGCUCUGGCGACGGAUAUCCAUUAUGAAUGGCCGGAGGUCCAGUAGCGAAACCGACAUGUUAAACAUUAAGCUCAGGAAGAUGGCUCUGGACAUUUUGGAGUGGAACCAUGAUGAAGUAAGGUUUGCUAUGGAAGGCAAGCUGUUGUACACAAACCCAGCAGACAGUAAUUGGAAGAAAGGACGUACCAUCAAGCUUAAUCCAAUCAACGCCUUGUUAGUGACAAAUGGAAAGCCAACAGAAGACUACCGGCCUGACCCCACAGAUGAUGUCCUCAUGUUCCCCAGGAGAACUGGUGUGCGGGAGGCAACUCUACUGCUACUGAAGGAGAAGUGUGGACGCUACACACAGCUCAGGGAACCUCUGUACCUUGACAAGUGUAUAGUUUGCUCCGAAGUGGACUGGGAAGAUUAUUUUGAAGUCCAGGAGCUGAUUUCUAAGGACACAUUCAUUUUUAAGGCUGAGGAUGGGGAAAGAACCAAGCUGUGGUACCGGCAGCUGCAGUACCAUGCGCAAGGGAUGGGCGCAUGGAGGAGACGGCGCAAUGCCCUUGCAAACAUCAUGAUUAAUGGGAUGCAAACCCGGAACUGAUGUCGCCACAGCCUGUGAUAGUGCGAGUGUGAAUGUCUCAUUUAUUUAAUAUAUAUAUUAGCAUUAUGACAAGUAUUUUGCAAUACAGUAAUGUACAGAUUGUUGUAAAAUAUAUAAAUAUUAUACUGUC